AUGGCCGCUGUCAACAACGGACUGCGGACUAGUCCUGCUUCACGAAAACUCAAUAAAAAGGAAGUAAACGUCAAGUUCCAAUCGGUAACAACAGGCUUCACACAACAAGAGAAGGUUGCUAGAGAGAGUUCAUUCGACACAACGAGAUCGUUGUUCCUACAUGCUCCGGGCAUCCCAGUGUCAGUCCCAGAUGAACUAAUCAGGAUAAAGAUGUCAAAUAAUGGCAAAAGCAAAAAGAAGAAAAAAUCCCAGAAAAGGUCCGAGAAACCAGAGAGUCUUGACCCGUAUGAAACGGAUGACAAGGAAGCAAGACGACUGAAGGAACUACAGGAGUGUAUUCUAGCUGGAAAGAAUAACAAGGAUAUUUAUGACAGGUUAAAACCCCUCAUGUUGCGCCACAUGAGAGUGAUGGACGAUUUAACCAAACUACGGAAUCAUUACUACGUGGAGUACAUGAACAAACUGACGGACAAAGUGGAAGAACAGAGACAGGAUAUCCAGAGGAAGACGGAUCAACUCAACCGCAGGAUCCAACGGAAAGAGUUACAAGAGAAAAAAGAGUCCCAUAAAGUGAAGAAGAGGCAUGAGAAGUCUUCCAUAAAUCAAGACAACACUUUCUUAGAGAAUCUGCCAAAGAGUAAACUGUACCAGAUCAUUUGUCUUGAAGAGAAACUGUUGAAGGAAGGAAAGCUUAGGACCCUAGAAGACCUGGAAAAUUUCUGGAAUGACAUCAGUAACCCCGACUCUUUCCAAUUGAUGUUCGGUGGUGGAGAGACCUUAACGACUCUUGGCUACGAGACGCACUUGGGCACACAUGAGGACAUCCAGUCCGAGCCUUCUGUUUGUAACAGCUUAACUUCCUCUAUGAGUUCCCUACACCACUACGACCAGGAGGAGAGACCCAUGGAUUCCUUCACCCGAGGCCUGUCUCAGAUCGCUGAGGACAACGAGCCCUCCCGCCCAGGAACCAAGACAGGUGGAAGUCACAGUUGGGCAGUAACGCAGCAAUCCAAAAAGACAGAUAAAAUGAUAAAGAGAGGCAGUAAAGACGUGACAAGUCUUAAGGAGCAGGAGAAUGACCCUACAGUCAAACUUGGAAAGGUGGAGUUUCCUGCGUUGUCGUGUUUCACCCUUGACCUGGAACCAGCCAAGGCAGAUCCAGCUGUCAUCAGGAUGCGGGAGGAGUACAGGCAGAAAGCGAGGGUACGAGAGUACGAGAAGAGGAGAAUCUUGAAGAUGUACGAGACGUCAUUGACGCACCAGGCUGCCACGCAACGAAUUAUUGGCAAGAACUCUGAGUUCACUAAUGUGCUCACGGGACCAAGUUUAGCCGAUGUGACUGGAAUGCUAUCCUCGUCCAGUGAUUGCAAUUCCCACUGUAUAGCGAAUGACCUGACAUCGGAAAGGCCACCUCUUGCUCUAACGAUGUCUGGAGAGCCUCCAAGUCGGACAUACCAGCAACAGUACGACCUUCAAGACGAUAAUGAUGACAGUCGCUCUGUUGGGCGGUCAAGUAGACAGAGUUCUACAAGCUCUAAUGUCUCCCAGACAAGAUUGAGAGAUGGACUGGCGCCCUCUAUGCCGGUUGGAAAGUAUCUCCGUCCAGAAAGGCCUUCUCCGUUAACAUUAGAGACAAUUCUGCCAGAGUGCAAGAUCAAGGAAGCUAAAGGGCUGAGUACGCUUUGGACCAACUACGGAAAGUUUCUGCCGAGUGUAAAUUGAUCCAACAGUGAACCUGUAACAUGGUCAGUAAACCGUCCAUCCAUCACACAAAAAAAAACAAAAAAAAACACAUUUUUUUAUGGUUUUUGUAUACUGCUCACACAAAGUUAGGAAACUCUUUUUAACCAAGUAUGUCUUUAUUAUUUAUUACUCUCUUUGUAUGUUAUAUUCCCUCAUUGUCAUUCAUGUAGCCAAAUUCAGCAACAUGUAGUCAUUGCAAAUUUGGUAUCAUUUAAAAGAGGAACACUUCAGCUUUGCUUUGAUAAUAUAAGAGAGUAAUAAAUAACAAAGAUAUACUUGGUUAAAGCAAUUGGACACUUUCGGAACAGAAACAAAUUAAA